AGUUUAUGGGGAACUCUCGAGAAGAAAGUUAGUCUUCAGAGAAGGUGGCGUUAAAUUCAACAAAGUGUGCUAACAAAAGACCUGGAGAAUAUUUCUGCUGAAGGGAAAGGGGCGAAGGAAUCUGCUAUAACUGCUUCCUGCUGUUGAUCUACUGACUUCAUAAUGUCUGAAAUCAGAUUCAGCAAUCUCACUUGGGACCAAGUUAUAACACUGGAUAAAGUGUUAGAUGAAGUAAUUCCAGUUCAUGGAAGGGGAAAUUUCCCCACAUUGGCAGUAAAACCAAAAGAUAUUAUUCAUGUUGUGAAAGAUCAACUGAUAGAGCAAGGAAUUAUUGUUAAAGAUACUCGAUUGAAUGGCUCCACAGCAAGUUACAUACUUGCAAGCCACAAUGGAAUCAGCUAUAAGGAUCUGGAUGUCAUUUUUGGUGUUGAACUACCAAGUGAUCAAGAAUUUCAGGUUGUUAAGGAUGUAGUUCUAGGUUGUCUAUUCGACUUUUUACCAAAAGGUGUAAAAAAGGAUAAGAUCACCCUGAAUAUUAUGAAAGAGGCUUAUGUGCAGAAGAUGGUUAAAGUUUGCAAUAAGCAUGAUCGUUGGAGUCUCAUCUCUCUGUCAAAUAACACUGGGAAGAAUGUCGAGCUAAAAUUUGUUAAUUCACUCAGACGACAAUUUGAAUUUAGUGUAGAUUCCUUUCAAAUUGUCUUGGAUCCCAUGUUAGAUUUCUACAGUGACAAAAAUGGUAACCUAACCAAUGAAUGCUAUCCUGUUGUGGUAGCUGAAAGCAUGUAUGGAGAUUUCCAAGAAGCAAUGACACAUUUACAGUACAAGCUUAUAUCUACCAGAAAACCUGAAGAAAUUAGAGGUGGUGGCCUUCUGAAAUACAGCAACUUGCUGGUUCGUGACUUUAAACCAGCUUGUGAAGCAGAAAUCAAGACCCUGGAACGUUAUAUGUGUUCUAGAUUCUUCAUUGAUUUUCCUGAUGUAGCAGAACAGCAAAAGAAGAUUGAAUCAUACCUCCGCAACCAUUUCAUAGGUGAAGAAAAGAGCAAGUAUGACUACCUCAUGACCUUGCAUGGAGUUGUGAAUGAGAGCACAGUUUGCCUCAUGGGACAUGAAAGAAGGCAGACCCUCAAUAUGAUUGCCCUUAUGGCUUUAAAAGUACUUGGAGAACAGAAUAUCCUACCUAAUACUGACAACGUAACUUGCUUUUAUCAGCCUGCUCCGUACUUUGUUGCCGAGGGAGGGUACCCUACUUAUUAUGUAACAUCUGGACAACCACCUAUACUCUUUCAGCCAUACCACUUUCAUGUUCCAAAUGGUAUGAUUUAAAAACACACACACCCACACACAAUAGAAACUUUGCUUUAAUUAAACACCUUCUAGAAGCAAGUUUCCAAAUUUAUGCAGUUAUCAACUAUUUUUAUCAUUUAUAGCUUAAACCAUCAUAGUAAAUACAAUAUCAUCUAUGAACUGACCUUUUAAAAUGAUUUUCAAAUGUUACUGUUUAGAUAUGGCAACUUUCAAAUAUUGUAGACCACUUAAAAUGAUUUUCAAAUCUGACUGACUACUUAUGACUCAAAUUUGCUAUGACAAAUACAUUGGAGAUGACUGAAUGAAUAUUUGAUUAAAAUAUAAAAGAACAGGCUCAUGUUUUAAAAUCCAGAGGUACAGAAAAGACCAGUGCCAACAAUUCUGUAUUCAGUCAGUUCCUUUGCUACCUUUACUUCAUUUCUUUUUCUAGUGAAUAGUACCAUCAAUGAAUUUUCAAUGCCUAACAAAAAUGCCUAAUUUCAAAGACAACAGAUUCAGAAGACAUUAAAAUCCUGGACUUUGCAAGCAUAUACUUUGUUUCCUAAUUGAAUUCAUUUAGGUACAAACUCUUACUAUAAUUUUAAGGAACACUGAAAAAAACAAUUCUGUACAACACUGGACGUUAGUAAUUUAUCAACUAUCAGGUUGAUUUGUGGAUCUGAAGAAGAAUACACCCAGCUGGACAGCCAAUACUGUGACCAUUUAUACAGAUUUCUUUAUUUUUUCCCCCAAACAGUUGAAAAGAAUUAAAAUGACCAACUCUGAAUGUGAAGUUUUCUAUCAUCAUCUGGUAAAAAAAAAAAAAAAAAAGACUCUAAAUGUGAAAAAGCAAAAACCUGACAGAAGCUUUUAUCCAUGGCAUUUACCAUUUUUAUGACCAAUAUGACCAACAUCUUAAUAUGUGGAGAUUUUACUGUUAAUGAGUAAGUGAAUAUAUUUUCAUUAUUACUCACUGAAGCUUUUUUCCAUUUUGCCCUUACCAAAGAUGUUUCUAACAUGACAUUCAAGUGCCUCCUCAUGUGAGAUUUUGCAUAGUGCUGGAAUUUAUUCAGCAAUUUUAUAUGUUCAUCAAGAAUUUGAAUAUCUACUCACUGUAUCACAUAUUCUGCUAGCAAUAUGCCAGUGGGAAUAAAGCAAUAUUUUCUUCCUACAAUGAAGAAAAAGAUCCAUGACCAAUAUUACCUGGGAUGACAGGAGGAGCUAUCCUGAAUGAAUAUAAAUAAGACCCUCAGAUAACUUCACUAUUUUUACUUGCUUCUGAAUUUUUAUUAGUUUCCAUCUCAGUUUUCAUUGGCCAUUACAAGUUUUUCCAUCGCAGCAUGGUCCAACAGGCAUAGUCUGAGAAUUUGGCACUUAAAUGACUGUGCUGAAUCCAUCUUCUCUGUAUUACGUUAUUGGACUCGAGAAGUACACCAAAGAUGGCGUUUUCAAAUAACCAAUAUUGAGAUGUUUUUUACCACAGUAGCUUUGACCAUUAGUAUAUUUUUAAAGAGUUAUAUUAAAAUAUAUAUAUUCAUAUAUAUGAAUAUAUAUAAAUACUAUAUAUAUCUCACAAGCAUGAAGCUUUAAAACAUUGUAGUAUUCAGUUCCUUGCUUGGGACAAAUAAAGAAUUUACAAAU